AUGCCAACGCUUACGCGGGACGUGUACAUUCGCAUCGCGCCGCCGGGGCACCAUGGCCGACGCAUCAACUGCAAAGGCUGCACCGUCUACACGCCAUCGUGCGACGCUUGCGUCAAGAAGCGAAAGCGCGCCAAGCACAAGGCCGCACGGCAGCGCAAAAUGAUCUGGAACGUCGACUCGCUCAACCCGCGCUGGGACAUUCCGCGCCAAGUCAAAGCCGAGCUACCGCGCCUCGUUCUCGAAAAAAGUGUCGGUAUCGCCCCUCUCGACGUCUUCUUGCAGUGCUCGGGCCUGACACUGCCCCCGCCGCCAUCCGAUAUGUCCUUCUCGACGACCAAGCAUUUGCUUUCGGCAUCCAAUGCGGCGCUAACAGUCGGCAGUGUCAAGUCAUGGGAGAUGAACCCGUUGUCGGACGACGAGCAAAGCAACUACUUUGGUGCGACGGGGCGGCGCGAGCUCAAGCAAAUCUAUGCAAAAAUGGCGUCGCAGCAGUACCUGCAAAUGGAUGGUACGGACGGCCUUGUCGACAAGUUCAAAAGCAUGCUCGCGUCGCAAAGCGAGCCGUCGCCAGAUCCCAUUGGCAUGUUCAACGCCCGAGAGGCGCUCACGGCCCGGCACAAGUUUGUGUCCAUGUGCUUGGAGCACGAGUUGCCACCGUGUCUUCGGCUCAUUAUCCGCAACAAGAUUUCACCCGAAAUCAACGUGUCGCACAUGUCGAUGGGCGAUGAAUUGGCCAAAAUUUUCAGCACUUGUCUCGUCGAGCUACCUAUGGUGCUGUCGCUCAACGCGCGCAACAAUCGCCUCACAGAUCCAGGGCUCCAAGCCCUCGUCAAUGUGGUUCGCAGCAAGCCCGAUUUGGUCGCGCUCGACUUGUCCGAGAACAAGGUGGACGGUGACGCCGCAGUGGCACUCGCCGAGUACCUCGGGAGCGCACAUUGCGGCCUCACGACACUGAUUCUGAGCACAUGCGAUAUCGACGAUGGCGAGCUGGUCCCGUUUGCGGACGCGAUGAAAACCAACCGCAUCUGCACAACGUUGAACCUGAGCCGCAAUCUCAUUGGAACCUCGGAAGCGCUCAACGCAGUGCAGCCUGACUUGGUCACGGGGGGCGAGGCCCUUGCGGAUAUGCUGGCCGCCAACACUCAUCUCACCAAGCUCGAUCUAUCCUGGAACGUUCUGCGUCUCAACAGCGCGAUCCAACUUGGCCGGGCGAUUGGCCACAACUAUGGGCUAAAAGAACUCAACCUGAGCUACAAUGCGUUUGGGAACCUCGGUGCCCAGGCCAUCGGCUGCGCGCUCCAAGAAAACUUCACGCUCGAGAAGCUCGACUUGUCUCAAAACAACAUUCCUAGCAAGGCAGCCUUUGUGAUUGCCCAAGCCCUCCACAUCAACAGCACGUUGACGCAACUUUGCAUGGACGGGAAUCCUCUUGGCCGCAUCGGAGGACGCACACUUUUGCAGGCCAUCUCGAGCGCCAGCGACAAAGUCCUCUCCGUCUCCGUCGUCGGGUGCAACUUUGACAUUGACGAUUCGAGUCUCUUUGACCCGCAAGACGCGACAGGAAAGUACGACUUGGACAUGGCCGAGCCGUACGAUCGCGCGAUCGCUUGCGAGCUUUUGCGAUUUGCCAACUCGAAGAAAGGCUGUCGCUUCCUGUCCUUUCUGCACCAAGUGGACAAGACCACGCGCGAUCUCAAGGUCGAGUACCAAGAAGUCGGGCGAGCGCGCGCGCAGCUCAUUCGACGGUCUUCGUCACACAUGGUGCUUCGUGGCAAGGUGCCCCAAGACAAGCUGGAAAAGCUCUUUCGGACCCUUGACGCGGAUAAUUCUGGCAACAUUGAAGCCACGGAGCUCGAGCGCGGCAUGGCCACCUUGGGCGUUCGCUUGCAGCCGGGGGAGGCCGCCCGUCUCGUGACACGCUAUGACGUGGACGGCACGGGCACGAUGGAAUUUCCGGAAUUCGUCGAUCUCAUGUCGCAAUAUUACUUUGACGACAAGCCGACGAUGGAGUGGAUCGACACGACGUCGGGUUUACCCCUCGCGAUUCCCAAGGACGGUCGACUCAAGAUCGACUUUAUCGAUCUGCACAUCCCGUCCGAGGCCGACGAAGCCGAGUCCAAGCUCGGUGUCCAGCAGCUCAUUGAAAACAUCAAAGCCGACCCGAACCAAGUGAAUUUGAUCAAAUUGGCCAAAAAUGGCCUGCACGUGCGUCAGAACGAAGGUCAAAUGCUUCUGGACACGCUCGUGUCCAAAAUGGACAUUGUCCAAGCCCUCGCGCUCAUUCUUCCCCACGUCGUCGAUCCCAACCAUGCGUGCCCACUGAUCGAAUCCAAUGUGAAUGCGGCCCAGCGCUUGCGGUUGCAGACCGUACUCAAAGACAUGUACGGCCCCAUCGUGGGCUUGGCCACGGGCCAUUACUCGCUCGAUCUCGCCGACGACAUUGAUCGCGCCACGUUUCGAAAAGUCAUGGAGAUCAACAACAAAAUCAUGUAUCACCGGCGCACCAACAACUUCAAGGACACGAGUCAGCACGAGAACCACAUGGGGUUCCGCAACGAAAUCUACAACAGCAAAAAGAUCGAGAUCACGUCGACGUUUUGUGACAAGUUGCCCAAAUUUGGCACGCUCGACUUUGACUUUGUCCAGUUGUCGCGCCCCAAGUCGGGAAUUCUACCCAUGUCGGAAAACCGCUUCCAACAGCUCAUCACAAAGCUGUGUUUGGACGCUCUGGACAACGCAACACCCGAAAAACGCCGUCGGCAACCCACUCCCGCGGCGAUCAGUCGCCGGCUCAGUCCGCUUGCGUAUGAUUUUCUGCUCGAGCUGCAGUCGGACAAUGUGCGCGUCUCGGACCUCUACUCGCGCGAUGUGUCGACGCCACUUGUGAUUCCUGGCGCGGUCGUGUCACCGGAAGCGCCAAGCCAGAUUAGCUUUACAGGUCGUCGACUGCUCAUGGAGCUCCAAGCACUCUUUUGCACGCGGUGGGUCACGACGAGCCAAGUCCGCUUCAUCCUCGAGCGCUGGCCAAUGGAUUUCGGCACGACGCGCGUCGACGCUGCGCUGACGCUCUUCGAUCGAACGCUGGAUUUGUACAAUUACGUCCAAGUGUUGUGGACGCUCUCGGAUUCGGAAGUGGCCCAGCUCAUCUUUCGUCUCGGCUGGCUCAACCUCUGGAGCCCGCUGUACCCGGACAUAUAUUUUGAGCUCGACUUGAGCAUCUACGAACAGCGCGAGGUCUCAAAAGUGCUCGUGCAACUUGCGCUCGAUGAGCCCGGCGAAAACUGGCAAGACGCCAAGUUUGGCUGGUCGCGCGACGUGCCGAUCCCGGGCUGGGUCCUCAACAUGUCGUGGCUCACGCCGGGUCUCUACCCGGAGAAAGGGUACCUCUCGGUCGAGUACUACUCGGGUGCUGACAAAGGUUGUGGCCCGGUGUGGCCGACGCGCCUCAAAGCCAUGAAUGAGGUGCUGGCCGAGCCACCGAUUCCAUUCGACGCGUUUCUCGCGCAGCUCGUCAAGCCGAAGAGAAUUCCAAAAAAGAGACCCGACUCGGACCGGAAGCAAACACCGGACGGGGAGCGCCCCCCGCUCACGCGUCGUUCGAAUCCCUCCCGCGACGGGUCGGAGCGAGCCACGACGCCACCAUCCGCUCGACUACAAACCAAGCGAGAUUUAUAAGUAUAUAAGAUUGCAUGCGUCUCGAAUCGAGGAUCGCUGCGAAAGAGCA